CCAACAACAAAAGUAACAACCAGCCUCUCUUUGAUUACUCCAAAAACCACCACCCCCCCAACUAUUCUCUACUCUGGAAAUCAAUCACCCUCCUUGCGAAACGAGAGAAAGCAAAACAAAAUGGCAUACACCACCGACGCAUCCCGCUGGCGCGCCCUCAGCACCCGCGACCCUUCCGCCAACAACCACUUCGUCUACACGGUCAAAUCCACACAAGUCUACUGCCGACCAACCUGUCCCGCACGCCUUGCCCGCCGCGCAAACAUCGGGUUCGCAGAGACGCCCAGCGAGGCCCAGCGCGCGGGGUACAGGGCGUGUAAGCGGUGCCGACCGGAUCUGGAGACCAACGAGGACCCGCAGUUUAAAGCUGUUGCGAAAGCACGUACGCUGAUCGAAGAGGCGGUUGCGAAUGGGGAGGCUGGUAAGGACGGGUUGAAGUUGCAGGAUCUGGCAACGAAGGUCGGGUUGACGAGGAGGUAUUUUCAUAAGAUUUUUAAGGAUCGGAUGGGGGUUACGCCGAGGGGGUAUGCCACUUUGAAGAUGGAGGAAAAGACUAUCAGGGAAGGUGGUUUUGAGGUUGAGGUUGAGGUUGAAGAGGAGGUUUCUCCUGCGACGAGUGUCACGCCGACUGGUGAUGGUCUAGUCGAUAUGGGGCCCUUCAGUUUCGAUCAGUUUGACUUCAGCGAUUUUGUUGUUGGCUCAGACACGGUCCAUGAUCUGUCUUUGAAUGAUUCGCUCACUUUUCCGGUACCUGGGUUGCCAGAGUUGACUGAGUCAACACCGGUAUCGUUUGGGGAGGGAAUUGAUAUAAACACAUCAAUAACGGCGCUGGCGGCAAUGGACUCGACAUUUGAGAACAUCGACAUUGCUUACGACAGGUUCGAUCCAUCUGCAAUGAGUACAGCAGCAAUGUUUGACUUGGACGCAGCUUUUGUACUGGGCCCCAACGCACUGCCGAGCUUCAACCAGGGAGUUUGUGACCCUGUUUUUGCAUAA